CUUACUAACCAUUCACUAGCAAGCAGCAAACAAUUUCCACCCACCGCCCUCGCCUCCUAACACCAGCCUCCGUCGCCACCCUAUUCUUUCCUUCCCCGUCACCGGGGCCACCGUCCUCUUUCCCCGCAGCUAUCGUUGCCGUCCUCUUAUUUCCCCACAGCCACCGGUUCCGUCCUCUUCUUUCCCCACAUCAGCGAUCAAGGUAAUCGGGAAUGGCUUGUGAGUUCUAGUGGAUGUUAAGGCAUGGCUAAGAUCAGAGACCUAACUGAAGACUUCAAAGAUGCUGUCAACAUGGGAGCUUUAUCUUUGGGAUUUAAGGAGGCCAAAAGGGCAGCUCUAAUGGCAUCUUUCAUCAUGCACAAACCUCGUGAAAGAUCACAUUUUACCAAAACUGCAUUAAAAACACUACAAGGCAUUGGGAUUCUAGAACAGUUCUUGAUAAAGCAUAGAAAGGAUUAUGUAGAUUCUCAUCUUACCACUGAAGAGGAAAGAGACAGCAUUGAACACGAAGUUAGUGUUUUUGUAAAAGCUUGUAAAGAACAGAUUGACAUUCUCAAAACCAGCAUAACUGAUGAAGAAGCAAAUGCAAAAGGUUGGGCUGGAACUAGGGGUGAUGAUGCUAAUGCUGAUACUAUCGCACACAAACAUGGAGUUGUUUUGAUUUUAAGUGAAAAUCUACAUUCAUUGACAUCACAAUUUGAUCAACUGAGAGGUGUACGCUUUCAAGAAGCUAUUAAUCAAGCUAUGCCUAGAAGAAAACCAAAACCAAAGCGGGCCCCACCUGAAAAAACUGAACCAACAAUUUCAUCAGAGAUGAGGGGCCCAGGUGAAAUUACAACUGAACCCCCCAUGAAAGUUCAACAGCAAGUUUUAGAUGAUGAAACGCGUGCUCUUCAGGUGGAGUUAUCAAGUUUUCUUGAUGCUGCACGUGACACUGAAACAAAGAUGGUAGAGAUGUCAGCAUUGAAUCAUCUAAUGUCAACACAUGUCUUGCAACAGGCUCAACAAAUUGAGUAUUUGUAUGAUCAGGCGGUUGAAGCAACAAAGAAUGUUGAGAUGGGUAACAAGGAACUAACUCAAGCCAUACAGAGGAACAAAAGUUGCCAAGUUUUUCUCUUGCUUUUCAUAGCUGCUUUAAUUAUUGCUUUUCUUUUUGUUGACUUGUAUAAUGAUUAAUACUUAAAUCAACCCAUCAUUUAACUUA